AGUCACUGCUUCCCUCACAUCGCCCACAGCCUGAACAAAAGCAGCGACCAUGGGCAAACAGAACAGCAAGCUCCGUCCCGACGUCAUGCAGGACCUGAUGGAGAACACGGAGUUCACCGAGCACGAGAUCAUGGAGUGGUACAAGGGCUUCUUGCGGGACUGUCCCAGCGGCGCGCUCUCCAUGGAGGAGUUCAAGAAGAUCUACGCCAACUUCUUCCCCUACGGAGACGCCACCAAGUUCGCCGAACAUGUCUUCCGCACGUUUGACGCCAACGGAGAUGGGACUAUCGACUUCAGGGAGUUCAUCAUCGCUCUCAGCGUGACCUCUCGUGGUCAGCUGGACCAGAAGCUGAAGUGGGCGUUCAGUAUGUACGAUCUGGACGGGAAUGGAUACAUUAGCAAGGCGGAGAUGCUGGAGAUUGUAACGGCUAUUUACAAGAUGGUUUCCUCUGUGAUGAAGAUGCCCGAGGACGAGGCUACACCGGAGAAACGAACGGACAAAAUCUUCAGGCAGAUGGACACAAAUCGAGAUGGUAAACUGUCCCUUGAUGAGUUUGUUGAAGGAGCGAAAAGCGACCCCUCCAUCGUCCGGCUGCUGCAGUGUGAUCCCAGCAGCGCUGGGCUGUAGAAAACUGGACUCUUCCCCCAUCAUUGCUUUGAUUCAUUUAACACAAUUUUAAUAUAUCUCCCCGCUGACCCACCUGAGAUGGUUGACAUUUGAUCAAUUGAGCUUUAGAGGCACAUACACACACACACACACACACACACACACACACACACACACACACACACACACACACACACACACACACACACAC